CAUUAAUUCAUAGUAAAUAAUUAACAAUGCAAGCUCCACAACCCGGCAGUUACCCAGCUCAGCCCCAUAUGGGUGCUCCUCAUAUGCCUGUGACACAUCAGGCUCCUGCAUAUCAACCUUCUCCUCAAAUACCUGUUCCAAACGUAGCUGGGGCUACAGGGCCAGUCCAGAUUGUAUGCCCAUACUGCAAAGCAUCAGGGAUGACAAACACAGUCAAGCAGGCUUCUUCGAUGCAGUGGAUCAUCUGUGUGUUGUGCUUCUUCUUCUGCUUUCCUUGCACAUGCUCGCCGUUUUACAUUCCAAGUUGUUACAAGAUAACACACUCAUGCCAGUUCUGUAAAUCCCAGAUAGGCACUAACAAUAAAUAAUUCAUAAUAAACUUC